UUAUACAGCACCAACAUCACAGCAUGGAGUCCUGCAAUGUAAGUGCACCAGAUCAGGUCGUAAGCAAAAACAGUCUGGGUGAUGAUGAAUGUUUCAUGCAGAAAAUCAUUUCGUCCAUCAAGAAACUGCAGCAAAUUGAGGAAGCAUUUUACGUCCUGGAUUUAGGUCUUGUAAGCAACCUCAUGGAGACAUGGAAACGUAACCUUCCAAUGGUCCAACCUUUCUACUCCGUCAAGUGCAACCCUCACCCGGAUCUUCUUGCCACGUUGGUAGCUCAAGGUUCAAAUUUCGACUGUGCAAGUCCGUCUGAGAUCAAGUCCAUUUUGGCUCUAGGAGUUUCGCCGGAUCGCCUCAUCUAUGCUAAUCCCUGCAAAGCAAGCUCUCACAUCAAGUACGCUGCUGAAGUUGGUGUUAACCUAACCACUUUCGACUCGGUAGAUGAGGUUGAAAAGAUCCGAAAAUGGCACCCGAAAUGUUCUUUACUGAUCCGCAUCAAAGCUCCGGACGAGAGCGGAUCCCAGUGGCCACAGGGUUCCAAGUUCGGUGCUCUCCCUGACGAAGUGUCUCCGCUCCUCCAAGCCGCUCAAACUGCAGGACUCAAAGUUUCUGGGGUUUCAUUUCACAUAGGAAGCCGGUCACACAAUUUUCAAGCAUACAAAAAAGCUAUAGAGGCAGCUAAGGUGGUAUUCCAGGAGGCGUCCGGGCUCCGCAUGCCUCCCAUGCAUGUGUUGAACAUCGGCGGUGGCUUCCUGUCCGAGCCAUCGUUCUUUGAAGCUGCGGCGGCAGCGGUGAAAACCGCUGUGGAGACGUAUUUUUCAGAGGAGGAGCGACGCAGCUUAACGGUGAUCGCCGAGCCGGGUCGGUUUUUUGCAGAGACUCCUUUCACGCUUGUUACCAAUAUCAUCGGGAAGCGUGUGAGAGGGGAGCUCAGACAAUACUGGAUCAACGAAGGGUUUUUCGGGUCCAUGAUGCUUGCGGAACCUAAAACCCUACUUGAAUCCUUCAUUGCUCUGAAAUGCAUGUCCAAUAACAGUGACGACGGCAUCGAGAAGAAUCCGGUUCCAGUCUUGGUGGUAUGUGGCAAAGGUACUGAUGGUGCUCGGACUUACAGUUCGACUGUGUUUGGUCCGACAUGUGAUUCCGAUGACAAGGUGUUGGAUGGUGAGUUACCAGAACUGGAAGUGAAUAAUUGGCUGGUGUUUCGCAACAUGGGUGCUUAUGCGUCGGCGUGCAGCACCAACUUCAAUGGUUUUGGCUCCGCCAAGAUCACCUAUCUUACUAACUGAUCCAUGAUGCAUAAGUUUGCGAUUUCCAACAUCUUAAUUUCUUCUUUUUAUCAAACAAUUGGCUGCGUCCUACGUAUGAGGGCUUGUACGUCGAUGUGUUGCUUGUUCUUAUGAUUGUGCUAUAUAUAUGCGACUGUACCUCUGAUUAUUAUGGACUAAGAGUGGAGGCGUGGAGCGUGCUCGUGUGGUUUAAAGUUUCAACUUAAAUGGAAAAGUAAGUAUUUCAAACUUAUGUCAUUUGAUUUUCUAUU